CAUAAUUAUAUUAACUUUCCAUUCUCCUUUGCUUCUCCUUCAUCCUUCUUCUUAUUUAUCUUCCUACUUCAUUCGUCAUCUUAUUUUUUUUCUUUUCAGACAUAACAUAGUUAGAUAGAUUAAUUAAGUAAACAUGUCUUGUUUGUUCAUCUUCAUAGCUUUGGUUCUGAGUUCUUGUGUUUUUGGAUCUUUGACUACGUCAGCCACCGCUCUUGAUCAGACUUGUGGCAACAAAGUCGUGAACACUAUCGUCGUCGACCAAAGUGGUUCAUCAGGUAAGUUCCGUAAGGUUCAAGAUGCUAUUGAUUCGGUUGGUUUGGGGAAUGAUCUGUGGAUCAAGAUCAAAGUAAAACGAGGUGUUUACGUAGAGCAGGUGACAAUACCAAUGAACAAAUCGUGCAUAAUAGUAGAAGGAGAGGGACAAAGAGUCACGACCAUCACGUAUAAUGGUAACAAAGCAACUGAUGUCAGCACAACUUUCACUUCACAUCCAUCCUAUGUUGUCGUCCGAAACUUAUCAAUCAUGAAUACGUACAAUCGUUUGGAUAGUCUACCUACUACUACAUCAAACGGUAUGAGUUGGAAUAUAAAGCCGGCAGUAGCGCUUAAUGUUUAUGGCGAUAAAUCCGCGUUUUACGACUGCGAUUUCUUGGGGUUACAAGACACUUUGUGGGAUAAUCAGGGCAAACACCAUUUCAAAAACUGUUAUAUCGAAGGUGCUGUCGAUUUCAUUUUUGGACAGGGCCAAUCUAUUUAUGAGGACUGUAAAAUAAACGCAACGGCAGGAGCAUUGGCAUCAAAAGUAGCACUUGGGUACAUAACAGCACAAGGGAGACAAAACCCAUCGGACCCAAGUGGGUUUGUGUUCCUACGUGGUAGUGUUUCAGGUAGCACAAGUGUCUAUCUUGGACGAGCCUAUGGUCCAUUCAGCCGAGUCAUUUUCAUCCAAACCGAACUCUCUUCAGUCGUCCACCCUCUUGGUUGGGAUUCUUGGCACUGCGAUGCCCACAAAUGGAGUUUGACGUAUGCAGAAGUUGAAUGUAAAGGAGCAGGAUCAGAUAUGUCUGGAAGAGUUCCAUGGAUUGACAAACUUAGUUAUUCUGCUGCUAAACAACGAUUCUCUAUCUCUAAUUUCAUCGACCAAGAUGGAUGGAUCUCUAAUAUUCCUAGUUUUUAACUCUUUUAGUAUGACACUUUUUUAUUUUAUUUUUCCCUACUUCUUGUUUGAAUAUUAACUGUGUUUUGAAGUUUGAACUGUCAAGACUUCUUACAAUUAGUUCAAUUUACACCUUGUAAUAUUUUGGGAAAUAUUUUCAAACCGAACU